CCCUUGAUUUGAUUUGACGAUACGGCGAAUGCGAGCGAUUGACCACCGGCAACUGACUUGGGAGAGAGAAGUGAGCUAUUUCGGAAUUUGCGGUCAAGUUUCAAAGAUCGGGCCUAGGACCAGCAAAUCGUCUGCCAUUACAACCAACCACACCGGGGGUUGACUCACAGCUUGCUUGAGGGGUCAGGAAUGUGUCAAGAUGAAUGAUGCGCAAACCGUCAACGAGAGGAGGAAACCGGAAGACAUGAUAUUCGAAAUUCUGAAGAAGGCCGUCGACGGCAGCACCUCGGCGGCUCGACUGGGAAGACUGAGUCUCUCCAAGAGGAACCCCAUCGAAACCCCGAACUACAUCGCCGUGGCAUCGAGGGGCGUCGUUCCUCACGUCACACCCGACAACCUCAAAAAACAUGUUUCUGUCGGUGCAGCAUAUAUGGCGCUUGAGGACUUCAUCGAGAAGAAGAACCCUUCGGCGCUCUCAAUACCUUCGCCUGACAAAAAGCCUCUUCACACCUUUACGUGCCUGCCCGAGACGAUAGUCACGGUUCUCGCUCCCAGACGAUGCCCGGCGAUUAAGACUCCUGUGGGCAACGGCGCAAAGUCCAUGGCCAUCUUCACAUCCACCGGCUUCCGGAACCUUACAGUGGACGAGUACUCGGACGCCGUCGAGACGCUUAAGCCCGACAUCGCCAUCAGCCCGGCAGAUCUUUUCCACACGAGCACGAUGCCGGUCCCGAAGAAGCUCGUACGCAUGGCUGGGCGAACCGAGGACUGGACUGAUGCGUUUCUGACGCCCAAGAGGCGGGAAGCUCUGAAGGAGUCCGGGGUCUCUGUGUUUGCGCCCGUCUUGGCGGUGCCGUAUCCCAUUCAGUGGGAGCAUCUCCGUAACUUGGCCGACGACAUUGUCGACUCCGUUUCAGGACUGGCCGUCUACGAUGUAGACCUGAUGCCCGACAUCGUGGACAAUCACGAACCACUGGUCUCGCUGCCCCGUCUCUCUCUCCACAUUCCCGCCACACCCCAAGAAAUCCUCCGCCAAAUCUCUUUGGGUAUCGACCUCUGCACAAUACCCUUCCUCAACGCCAUCUCCGACGCCGGCGUGGCGCUGUCCUUCACCUUCCCGCCACCCGCCGACAUCCACCAGAGCAAGGCCACCCUACCGCUCGGCGAGGACAUGUGGUCGCCCGAGAACGAGGCCUCCCUCGAACCCCUCGUCCGGGGCUGCCCUUGCUACGCCUGCACGACGCACCAUCGCGCGUUCUUACACCACCUACUCAACGCCAAGGAGAUGCUCGGCUGGACGCUCCUCCAGAUUCACAACCACCAGGUCAUGACCGACUUCUUCGCGGGCGUCCGGGCUGCCCUGGCGCGGGACGGCGUCGACGGGUUCGAGGAGCAAGCGAGGCGUUUCGCCGCGGCGUACGAGGCGGAGCUGCCGCAGGGUACGGGAACGAGGCCGAGGGCGAGGGGUUACCACUUCAAGCCGGACCCGAAUCCUAGUAGGAUCAACCCGCCGGCGUGGGAGAAUUUCGCGACGGACGGGGAGCGUGCCGGUGCCGGUACUAAUGGAACCGCGGCCGCUGCGGCUGCCGGGGGGACGGAGACGCCGCUCGUGCCUGAUGUGGGAUCUCUGAAGCUCGAGGAGAAGGGGUUCGCCGAGGUUACGCACGGAGAGGGGAAGCCCGAGUAACCCACGUUGUCGGCAAUGCUAUGGGGCAUGCUGCAGUGGCAGAGCAACACGGGCUCUUGCCUUUACCGCCGCGAAGCCAGGGAGUCACGGAUACGCCAGCCACUUUCGAAAAAAUGGAAUAUAGCCGUCGAUGCGUACGGCAUAGAGUUCACUAUGUCGACGUUGCUCUUCCUCAGUUCUCGUCCCUAGGUCGUUCGGCAUCCCUUCCCCGCUGGUUUCGUGUGUCUGUGUCUUCUUCACUCGAAAUUCACCACCAUCUAUAUCAUUCUGCUUGAUUCUCGCCGACUCAGCGUGUAGCUACAAGAACCGGGUUUCACAAGCGCUCAUCGGAAAUGUCAGCGUAAUCACCAGCGACUUGGUGACCAACAUUGUGUACUAUUCUCACCCUAACACCGUGUAGAGCCAAGAACGCUUGAACUGCCUUUGAAACAAACACCUGUGAAUACCAAGGAAUGUUACACCAUCCCUUGGCGAUCGCAACGCGUAAUUUUUCCAAGGGGAGAUGAAUUUGCUCCGGCAGCAUUUAAGCUAUCAAGCUGGAAUUAAAUCUGGCUUGGCCAGUCCGUAAGAAGGCCUCUUUGUAUAGGAAGAACGUCGAAAAGGACCGGAAUGACGAAGAUGAUGAGCUGCAGAAUACUGGAUUCCCAGGAAUUCAC